UCGACGUCUACGGCCAAAUGAUGUGCAGCUGCGUUUCUCCGAGACUUGGUGGACGAUUGAACACAUUAGAGAGGAAUAUUGUUUUAUAAUUACAGUUGGAAUACUCGGCGUAUUUGGUAUGUCUAAAAUAUGACACCCAUAUUCAUUAAGAAUUGUUAUUUUACAAGUCACGUUGUUCGGUAGAUAUUAUCGCUGAAGCUAAACGGUGACAAAAACGGACAAAAUGUCAGUUUUUCCGAAAAUAUCUCUGAGGCCGGACGUCGCCGAUUACUUGAAGGGAGUUUUCCUCAACAAAGAGCUGUUGGCGUCUGUUGGCCAUCAAGAAGCCGAGCGCCAUUUCCAGACGCUCCUCACCUGCCUGUCGCACCCGCCGUCUUACACCUGCGUCCGGACCAGCGUCCACCUGGCGCCCCUCGAAGAGAUCCGGCGCGAGCUGGCCGACGAGCUCAAGAAGCAAACGUGCGGAUGGGAGGAGGAGCCGAAGAUGGUCCCGCAUCCCAGCGUCCCGGAUGUGCUGCUGAUCCCUGUGGUCGGUCCAAGACUUGUUGAGCAGCUCGGCAACGACGCCGAGGUGGUGGUGGGGGCGCAGUGCGCCCACGCCGUGCUCAGGGGCGCUGACGUCUUCGCCCCCGGGAUUCUAUCCUGUCCCAAGUACAUGAAGGCGGGCGACGCGGUGUCGGUGUACUCCGACGUGGAGGGGAAGUGCACCCGGGGGGCGUUCGGCUUCCGCGGGAGCAAAAUAUUUGUGGGCAACGGCGUGGCCCGCAGGGACCGCGCCGGGAUUUUCGGCGCGGGAGAAACCGUCAGGGGUGUCGGCGUGCGUAUGACGGAGCCCCUUUACAGGAGUCCCUCCUUUGAUGGAGUCUUACCUCGCCUGGCCUUCUUACAGAACCUUCCGUCUGUGGUGGUGGGCCACGUCCUGGGUCCUCGCCCCGGAGAGCGCGUCCUGGACAUGUGCGCCGCGCCGGGGGGGAAGACGUGCCACAUCGCUGCCCUCAUGGAGGAUCGGGGCGAGGUGGUGGCCUUGGACAAGAUCCGAAACAAGAUGGAGCUGAUUCGCCGGAACGCUGAAACGUUGCAGCUGCGCAGCGUGGCGGCGUUUUGCUUCAACAGCACCAAAGUCGUGAGCGACGACGGCGACUGCGGCGCAGAAGGGCCGCCCUUCCCUCCCGAGAGCUUCGACCGGGUGCUGCUGGACGCCCCCUGCAGCGGCCUCGGCCAGAGGCCCAACUUGGCGAGCGCCUGGACUCUGAAGGAGGCUGUGCGCGCGUUAAAGCGCGGCGGCGUCCUGGUGUACAGCACGUGUACGGUGACGCUGGCCGAGAACGAGGAGCAGGUGGCCUGGGCCCUGCGGACCUUCCCCGGACUCGCGCUGCUGCCUCAGGAGCCUCGCGUGGGGGCCGAGGGCAUGCCGGGCGCGGGGCUGUCCCCGGAGCAGCUGGGCCUCCUCCAGAGGUUCCGACCCGAGCUGAGCCGGGGGCCCGACGGCGACACCAUCGGAUUCUUCAUCGCCAAGUUCCGGAAAAACUGACCCGAAAGGCUGAAAACGCCAUUGCGCAGUCAACGAAAAUGGACACUUUGGUGUACGUCACAUGGGCAAGUACAGAGUUGAGUUUAAAAGUUUACGCACUCGUUUGAAUGGCAAAUUUUUGUAAUCUACAAAUAUCAGACCGAGAAAAACAAUUGUCAUUAAUGUGAACCAUAUACUUAUUUUCAAGGAGAUGGGAACUUCCUUAAAUCUCAGCAUUUUCAGCUCCAUUCCUGGCUUUAAGUUUGGACAGGACUCGUUUUAUAAUAUAUCAUCUCCCCGCACUUUUUAAGAGUUUGGGCUUCAAAAAUGCCGUCGUGUCACGUCGACGACAAACGCCGAGGCGGAAGGCGAGUGCGGCGGAGGCGUUGCCGUGCCGACGGCGGCUCCCCCUCCCCGGCGUGCGCGCGCAGACCGGGAAGCGGCGAGGUCACGAGAGGUAUUAAGAAUUUAUUGCAGCCGGUGAAAAUGGGGGUUAUUGCAUGCUCAAGGAUCAUUUAUGGAUGUUUGUCUAGCUGGCGCCGUUCCCGGGAAAACCGACCCGCUCGGAGCCUAUUUUAGACUCGUCCCCUUUUUGGUAGUGACGUUGCCACGGCAACGGCCCCGCGAGCCUACCUCAAUUUUUCAGUAGUGUUUUUAAGAGC